AAUUAGACAGUGUAUAUUAUCGUUUAAGCAGAUGAUUAGAAUGUCCAAACAAAAACCAAGAGUGUGUAUUAUCGGUGCUGGGCCAAGUGGUAUGUCAACGAUUUAUCAAAUCAAACUACUAGCCCCGGGCGACAUUGACUUCGAGUGCUACGAAAAGCAGAAAACGUGGGGCGGACAAUGGAACUAUACCUGGAGAACAGGAGCUGACGAGUACGGCGAACACAUACACUGCUGCAUGUACCGUAAUUUGUGGGCUAUUGGACCAAAAGAGUGUGUCGAAUACAUUGAUUAUUCCUUUAAGGAACAUUUCGGGAAAGACCUGCCAUCUUAUUUACCAAGAGAACUGUACAGGCGUUAUCUUGAUGGUCGCAUGAGACGUGGCAAAUGUGGAGAUCUCUCCGACUGUGUACAUUUCCAACAUGUUGUUAGCAGUGUUGAAUAUCGGGAAGAUACAGAUGAUUUUGUAGUUUGGGUAAGAGACUUGCCUGGAAACAAACACUAUAAGGAAAUAUUUUCCCAUGUCAUCGUCGCUUCUGGUACAUUCAGUUAUCCAAAUAUGCCCGACUUCCCAGGAAUUGAUACUUUCCCAGGGCGAAUAAUUCAUUCUCAUGAGUUCAGAGAGGCAAAGGAAUUUAUAAACCAGACUGUUCUCAUCAUCGGGGGCAGAUUCUCGGCAAGUGAGAUUGCUGUUCAACUAAAUAAGUACGGCGCCAGAUACGUCAUUUGCAGCUGUAAGGUACCAAUGAAUUUGAAUUGGCCGAAAGGAGUGGAAGAACGACCCAUUGUUGAAGAAAUUAAAGGUAACACUGUUGUCUUCCAAGACAAAACACAACACGACGUUGAUGCUAUUAUCUACUGUACUGGAUAUCGAUACAACUAUCCUUUCCUGCAGGGAGAUCUCCACUUUGACAUCGACGGUAAAACGAAUCUUUACCCAGACAACUUGUACAAAGGUACCUUAUGGAUGAAAGGUGGUAACAAUAAAUUAUUUCAUAUGACAGCAUAUGAAGCGUACUUUGAAUUUGGAAUGUUUGAUGCUCAAGCAAUAUGGAUUUUGAAUUACAUCCUGGGGAAGUUACCUGCUCAACGGAAAGAGAUGGAAAAGAAUGUUGAAGAAUGGCAGAGAAAACUAAGGGACGUCAAAGUUCCGCUCGAUCAUCUGAAGUUUCAAAGGGACUUUUACCAUGAUAUUGGCAAAGAUGUAAACUAUCCGGCUGAAUAUAUUGAUAAGGCAUAUGCCAUCCUAUCGAAAGUUUUUGAGGAAAGGCAAAAGGAUAUCUGCACGUACAAAGAUAUGAGUUUUAAGUCUAUGUACACAGGAAAGCUUGCUCCUUGUCAUCACACUCCUUGGGCUGAAUGUAUUGACGACACAGUUGACGGUUACCUAUAAAUAGUGUUUAACAGGGCGGAAUGUUUGCUAUAUACAGAUAGAAACAGUCUAUUCUACGGGAUAUUUACAAUUUCAAAUUUUAAUGUAAUAACACUCUUGAUAAAUAAAUAUCUCUCUACUUAACAAAUAAUUGUUCACCGUAAACCGUAAUAAAGUAAAUCCAAGA